CCAGUGUUUUCAGUUCGCGUUGUUUUCCCUCGAAAUUGAAGUGCGAGACAAUACUUUGGACAUAUAAAUAAAUCAAUCGCGUGUUUAAUUGCUGCGAGGUAAUAAAAUAUGUGACUAUGGUGGUGGCUCUAUCUUCGAAAAGAUACAUUUGUGACGCAUUUAUGACACUGAUGAAGCAGACCCUAGCAAUGUCGGGGAUUAUUCUCAAAAAUAGAAAUCAAUACUUUUUGAGAAUUUUUGAACGACAUCCAGAUCUUAGGAUAAAUUAAAUUAUUUGACGACAUGGUCUUAAAUACUGAGUGGGCACAAGUAGAAGUAAUUGAUUUAAUCAAUGAUGGUUCAGGACUUGCUUUCGGUAUCAUUGGCGGUAGAAGCACUGGAGUCGUUGUCAAAACUAUUUUGCCGGGUGGCGUCGCCGACAGGGAUGGUAGAUUACAAAGUGGCGACCACAUUUUACAAAUUGGAGAAGUUAAUUUACGAGGCUUGGGAUCAGAGCAGGUGGCCUCAGUGUUACGACAAUGUGGAGUGCAUGUUCGGAUGGUCGUGGCCAGACCAAUUGAAUCUACUAACACCGAUUAUCAGGCUCUGGGUAGUCAUGCUCCUAUUGUACCGACUAAGAUACUGGGUGACCCCUUGGAACUGGAUAGACAUCUUGUAGAAAACGGAUACGCUGACACUUUAACACAACUAGCUCCGUCCACAUACACCAAUCCAUUUAUUUACACUGGCCAAAAUUCUGAAGUUCAAUUACACCCUAUAUCAGGUAUUGUUGAUGUCGUUAAAGACCCAUUACCAAUUGGAAAUGUUCCCGUUUCCUUACCCAUCGAUGAGCCAAAGAACACACCAAAAAUGUUACCUCUUGAUAUGGCCCUGCACAAGCCCAAUUUACCAGAGACUGAAACUUGCACUGUUAACUUAAAAAAGGACGACCUGGGACUUGGUAUCACGGUAGCAGGAUACGUGUGUGAAAAAGAAGAAAUAUCUGGAAUUUUCGUUAAAAGCAUAAGCAAAGGCAGUGCCGCCGAUCUCACAAAAAGCAUAAAGGUUAACGAUCGAAUAAUAGAAGUAGACGGAGUAUCCGUAAUCGGCUAUACGAACCAUCAAGCUGUCGAACUCUUAAGAAACACAGGACCCACGGUCACAAUCAAGAUAGAGCGAUACUUAAGAGGACCUAAAUACGAACAGCUGCAGAUGGCAAUUCGCGCAAACGAACUAAGAUUACCCUCGCCCCCAUCUUCGUCCGCCACGUCGUUGCCAAAAGUACCAUUUAGUUUAGUGCACAUGAGUUACUUGGGCAUCGAGCCCGAGCCAGAAUCACGCACAAGUAUGGAUUUCGAUUCUGCAAUACUGCUGGAUGCGGAUAGCACGAACGACGAGGAGAAGGAGAUCGUGAUUGAUGGCACGAGAUCGUUGCAGUUCAAUGGUAACAGUCACGAGGCGAUAAAAAAUAAGUGGCGGGACAAGUUUGAGGACGACGUGGAAAUUGUGAUCGCCCAAAUGGAGAAGGAGAACAACAAGGGGUUAGGAAUUAGUUUAGAAGGUACGGUUGAUGUGGAAGACGGCAAGGAAGUGCGACCACAUCACUAUAUAAGGAACAUCCUACCAGACGGUCCUGUAGGUUUAAACGGCGCUUUACAAUCAGGAGAUGAGUUGCUCGAGGUGAACGGAAUAAUGCUGUUGGGUUUGAAUCAUCUUGAAGUUGUUGCCAUAUUAAAGCAGUUGCCAAAUUACGUUUGUUUAGUUUGUGCUCGGUAUCCCGUUCCUAUUAGAGUCAUUGAUACGGCACAACACAGGGAUGCUUUUCAGGCGAGGAAAAUACUGGCUGGAAGUUUACAAACUCUAAUUCCCUCCUGCGAACGGAACAGACUGGUAAAAGCAAAAUCCGAAACGUCGUUGGCAUCAAGUUUAACAAGUGACGCGUGCACCAUCAGUAGAUCAAGAUCGUUAGAAUUAAUAGCCGGUCUGCCAAUGUGGAAUCAGGAGACGACUGUUGUAGAACUGAAUAAAGGAGAUUAUGGACUUGGCUUUUCAAUAUUAGAUUAUCAAGAUCCACUUAACAGCCAGGAUACGGUGAUAGUAAUUCGUUCACUGGUGCCGGGCGGUGUUGCUCAAACGGACGGAAGACUGAUCCCUGGCGAUCGACUGAUUGCAGUCAAUGAUAUCAAUGUGGCCGACUCGUCUUUAGAUCGAGCGGUGCAAGUGUUAAAGGGCGUACCAAAAGGUCCCGUCAGGAUAACUGUAGCAAAACCACUUAAUAGUAAUGAUGCCGUCUCGCACACCAGUCAGGACACUGAAGACGAUCAAACAUGCAUAGAAGACUUUCAAGAGUGCAUAGAAGAAUAUCAAGAAUGUCUGGAGGUGGUUCAUAUAUGUAUCGAUGGAGAAAACUCCUUUAACUCAUCGUAUAAUAGUCAAACCGAUAAGUGCAGCCAAAAGAAGAACACCGAUCAACAUUUAUUAAAUAGUGAUUUUUUAGAGAAUAAUUAUUUAAAUUUAAAACCUGUGGAUACUAUAGGCGAUAGUGACUUAGACAUUAGUUUUAAAAGUACUAAUGAAUCUCAAUUAGAUAAUAAAUCGGGCGACUGUGAAAAUUUUAACGACCGAAAUGUAUUUAAUAAAAAUAAUAAUAAGUGCGAUUCAGUAUUAAUUAAAACGGAUAGUUUAACACAGAGUGAAAAAAUAUCAAAUCAAACACCAUCGUCCGUUUCGGAAAAGGACGGCUACGAAACAUGCGUGGACGACUCGUUUUCCGACGACAAUUCCAAGUUUAAUCACCAACAAUUGAACAGAGAUACAUGCGAAACCCUAAUCAAAACCAACCCAACCCACAAGGAAGUACGAAACAUACAAACAACGCAAGUAUUAGAGGAAAAUGAACUAGAAGAUAUAACACCAACAAACUCGAGAAACGUACUGGACCAAAAUUACGUAGACGUGCAAGAUUCAACGAGUGAUUCCAUAAAAACUGGUUCGACCGUGGUGGCCGUGGCCGUUUCCGAACCGUGUUUGAACAUGAACUUUCCCGAAUACCAUAUCUGUUUGGACACUAAAUUCGACGACGAACUGAAAUCCUACGAUCAAACCGAAGAUUCGGGGGGCGACGAAUUUUUUUUAGUGCAAUAUCCUCCGCAAUCGAGCAAAAGCCUUAGCGAGCCGAACGUUCUCGACUCCGUGGACAUAUCUCGCAGUCCCGGAAAACGAUGUUUCAAAAAAUGCUUGGAGGAGUAUUAUAACGAUUACGAAGACUGCCUGGAAGCUUACGGCAUUUAUCAGAAGGGCAUGCAGGAGAAAACGGAGGAGGGGACGGUGGAAAUGUCGGACGACGAAAUAUUCAACGACAUUCUUUUACCUUUCAAAAGCAAAUCUGCUCCGGAUGUGAUGGAUAGGUCAUUUAUUAUGUUGACUUAUGAUCCGGGACCUUCGAAGAAUAGAAGACAGUCCGCUUUUGUUCCGGGAUAUCAGUGUGAUGAGAGUGAAAAAAACUCACAAAUGACAGUGAUACGGCAAAUUGAUAAUGAUUAUGGUACAUUAAGGGGAUGCCAUUUUGACGAGAUGCUGCAAAAACAUUGGGGAUCAACCCACACCGUGAAAAUAUACAGAGAACCGAACAAAAGUUUAGGUAUAAGCAUAGUAGGCGGCAAAGUCGACUUACAAAAAUCGGAGUCAAAGACAAUUUUGGGUAUCUUCGUUAAAAAUGUCGUCGAAGAUAGUCCAGCCGGAAAGACCGGACAAUUUAAGACUGGCGAUAGAAUCCUUGAAGUAAGUGGAAUUGAUUUGCGCCAAGCAAGUCAUGAAACUGCUGUUCAAGCAAUCAGAAAUGCUUCCAAUCCAGUGUCCUUUGUAAUACAAUCUCUUAUACAAUGGAAUAUCGACGCGGACGCGAACACAUUCCAAAACGACGAAGAAAAUUGCCCGUCGCCGUUUCCAUCGCCCGUAAGCGUGAACGCCCCCGAAAUCGUACCCGAUCUGAAAUCGGACAGACCCAAAGGAGACGUGGUCAAAGAAAAUGGUGGACAACUUUUGAAUGAAAAACCGUUCGAGAGUGUCAAACGGACGGCGACACCGGAACCGGUUGCUGAAACACCACCGCCCACUAUUAACAUCCGACAUGACGAUUCCAACGACGAGAGCGAAGAUGAAGAAGAGGACACUAGGGAAAUGGAGGGAAGGACGGUGUCCUCCAAAGGAAUUUCGAUUGAUCGGGCUAGUGCGGCGAAUGUCAAAAGGUCGAAAGAAGAAAUUGCUUCAGAUCCAGAAAAAGAAGAUGACUUCGGAUAUACAAUGAACAAAGUGAAAAAGAAAUACGCUAAUCUGGGUCACACAAUUUUAAUGGUUCAGUUGGAGCGUAGCAAUCAGGGCCUGGGUUUAAGUCUAGCGGGUCACAAGGAUCGUAACUGUAUGGCCGUAUUUGUUUGUGGUCUCAAUCCGAACGGGGCCGCUUACAAAACUGGAGACAUUCAAAUCGGCGAUGAGAUUUUGGAGGUCAAUGGUGUGGUUUUACAUGGUCGAUGCCAUCUAAACGCUUCAGCUAUUAUAAAAGGCCUGUCUGGACCAAUAUUUAAAGUUAUCAUAUUAAGGCGAAAAACUGCCAUAGAUGACAUCGCUGUUAAACCCAUUACCCAGUUCCCUGUUUCUUUGGCGGAGGAGGCCUCCGAGGAGCAGUUUAGUGCAAGCUAUCCAAAUGUGCGCACCAUCGCUAUCAAAAAGCAAGCAAAUCAAAGCUUAGGUAUUAUGAUAAUAGAAGGAAAACAUGCGGAAGUUGGUCAGGGUAUAUUCAUCUCGGAUAUUCAGGAGGGCAGUUCCGCUGAAAAGGCUGGCCUAGAAAUCGGAGAAAUGAUAUUGGCUGUCAAUAAAGAUUCGCUUGUUGGUUCUACAUACGAAACGGCAGCCAAUUUGUUGAAAAGAACUGAAGGACUUGUAUCCCUUGUAGUUUCCAAUCCUGGGAAAAAAUCUGAUAACCAUUCUGCUUCUAUUGGCAACGAUAAAAAUUCCAUUACUCCCGUAUCCAACACCGCUAUUUCUACAACAUCUUCAACACUGAAACCUUCAAAAACUCCUUCUAGGCCUACUACACCUGUACCUGAACCGCCUGUUGAUUUGUCAACAUGUCCAAUAAUUCCCGGAAAAGAUACUACGAUCGAGUUGACAACCGAUAACAAAGUUUUAAGCAUAUACUUUGUUGGGGGAAAAGAUACGGCUGUACCAAAAGGCAUUGUGAUAGUAGAAAUAUAUCCAAAUGGAUGUGCGGAAAAAGAUGGUCGUCUCCAACCUGGUGAUCAAAUUCUAGAUGUUAAUGGUACCUCUUUGAAGGAUGUAACUUAUCAAACUGCUUCACAAGCGUUAAGACAAACACUGCCAAAGAUGAAACUGACUAUCUACAGACCAGUGUCAAUGGAAUUCACUCCCAUCGAAGUGGAUCUGAUGAAAAAACUUGGAAAAGGAUUAGGUCUUAGUAUUAAAGGCAGGAAAAGCGGAAAAGGGGCUUAUAUUUCUGAUAUUAUUACUGGAGGACCAGCAGACAUAGAUGGAAAAAUUGCCAAAGGUGAUGUAUUGGUGUCUGUGAAUGGACAAAAUGUAGAGAACUUACCUGGAGAAGAAGUGGGGGCCAUAUUAAAGACUGUCACAGGCAGAGCGUCACUAAAAUUAAACAGAUACAAAGCUAUUGCAAGAUAAUUACUUAUAAUUAAUAAGUUAAUACUUAUACGGUAUCUUGCGCCAGAUUUCAUAACAAACAUUAAAGUGGUUUUAAGUUUUUCGUUUGCCAAAAAAUAUUGUUAAAUACGUUGAAGUUCUGGAAAUAUAUUUUCAGUUCACAUCGUCCCAAUAUGAACCAAUAUGGCCAUUACAGUCAGCGUCCGAACAUUAAUAUAUGUCCAAAUUAGACUGAAUGCAAAAAUCUGCACGCAUAAAAUAGUUAAGUCACUACUCAAACUAUUUCCAGUGACAGUAAAUUAAGUCCACUUCAACAUUUAUUAUAAAAUCAGGCGUUAUAUUCACAGCUAGUCAAAUUAAUGUUAUUUGUUGAAACUAAUUUAAAUAACAUAAAGCAAUAUUUUCAUUUAAUUUGAGAAUAUUAUCUUAAAGUUCAUUUCUAACAACUAUGCACUUCCAUGGAGGGUAACAUUGAACUAACAAUAAUUCACGAUGAAAGUUAAAGGAAAUUGUUUAUUUAUAUUAUAUAUUUUUUUGAAAUUAUGGAAUAAAUAACAUUAGUUUAAUACCAUGUAAUAAUAUGAAAUAUUUUUUAUAAAAUGUGAAUUGGUUUCUAUGAUACCCCCCAAAUUUUCUUUGAGUUUAAUUAUGUGUGAAGUAAGCUGAACCUUCAUUCUAACUGUGGCUUAUUUUUCGACAAAUAUGUAAGGCACACAACGGUGUUACAUUGUCCAAUGAUAGCAAAUUAUCAAAAACUAAUGAAAACAAUUAACUGUCGGAUUUUCAAGCUAAUAACAUAUAUAACUGCAUUUGUAAGUCAAAUGUGCCUUUAUACCAAAGGAGACUAUAUACAAUUUAACUCGUCUUGUUUUUCUUGUCCAAUUUGUUUUCAAAUCAAAUAUAUAAAGAAUAAAAUAAAUAUUUUUGUGUUAUUUCCUUUUGAAAUUUAUUUCAUUGCAAUAUAAUCUCUCAAUAGUAACGUUACUAUAUUUUAUAUGUAUUUCUCUCGUGGAUGGAUAUAUGUAGUUUUAUUCUAUUAGUGUUGUAGAAUAUUGCAUAACAAUAUCGUUAAAAAGUGCAGUAUUAUGAAAGUAUAAUUAACAGUUUAUGGAUGUUAUAUUAUUUUAAAGAAAACUAUGGUCUAAUCUCACAUAUCGAUAUGUGCUGCAUUUUACUAUUAUACCUCGUUGAAAAACUUAAUCGUUUCAAUUGAACCUUUAAUUGUUUUUAAAUGAACAUGAUAUGUUAGUGUAGACCUUGUCUAUUAUUGUUUCAGCUAACUGUAACCACAAAGGUUUUAUGAAAUUUUCUUUAGUCAACAUAAACCUUAAUCAUUAUUUAGAUGUUGUUAAUCAUGUUAAUUUUGUGUAUUUAUUAUAUUAUUAAAAAUGUUGCAUUUAAUUCAAAUAAAAUUAAGCAACAUAAGUUUUAAAUAUUGGAGAAUCAAUACUUGUGUGAUAAUCUAUAGUUCUAACAAUAAUGUAGUUCUAAAAACAUAUGCCUAUAAGGAGUGACUCAGAAUUCAACCUAAUAUGCUGCCAAUAGUUAUUAGUAAAUACUAAUAACUUACAGUUUAAAAUAUUCCAGUAUAUAUCUUCUUGUUCUAAAUAAUAAGUUGGUUUUAAUUUCACUCACAAGUUAUUUUAAUAUUACUCUGCAGAAGAAACUUAAUUAUCCCAUAAUAUGAACACAUUUUUAAGUGGAAUUCUGGAACAACUUGUAUGUAAAAUCUUCAAUAUUUAAGAAUAUUACAAUUUAUCUAGUCAAAUAAGUUAUUGUUGUUACUUAAUUUAUUAUCUAUAUGUAUGUAUUUAGUACACAAUAGUCUACCUGCUUAAAUUGUGAUAAACCAAAAAUGUAGUAGGUAAAAUAAGUCACAUGUUUCACAUUUCAUUUAUGAAAUAAUAAUCAUGCUUGGAAAGUACUUUUAAUAAUUAAGUUAUUUCAUAAAAUCAAUUAGUUGAAGGUAUUACAUAACUUUCAAGUGUUAGAUAUAAAUAAAAGAACAUAUUUAGGAUAAUUUGUGAAAGAAUGCAUGUAUUAUUUUAUAAUAUUUUGCAUUUCCUAUUAGGUAUUUAUAGAUAUCAAUAUUAAAAAAUAAAAUUACAUUUUUAAACAGACUGUAAUAAUUUGUAUAUAUGAAUUAUUCUCUUGCAAAAGUUCACUUGUAUUAAAUUUAGAACUAUUUUGUAACUAGUGUUAUGCAAAAUGCAUGCUAGAAUUUUAAUAAAAUCCACUUUAUCUCUUGCUAA